AUGGAUCCUAUCGGAAGCACCGAGGGUAGAGAUCGCGGUAAUCAACAAUACCGCGGCGCCCGCCGUGGUCGUGGUCGUGGUCGUGGUCGCGGUCGCGGACGGGGAGGCUGGAGCGGCGAUUCUUGGAGAUCCUUCUCUCAGCAAGGCCAAGGCAACCAAGCCACCCAAGACGCCGAGGUUGCACCCAAUAACCCCGACCCUCAGCAAGCCGGCCCCGUCAAUUCGACGCAAGGAGGCUCGGUGCUUUCGCAAGCCUACCAGGCCCUCUCGUUCCAGUUCAGAGACAAAGAGGCCGAGCUCCUUCAGCUCCAAAAUGCUUACGACGAGCUCAACGAGAAGUACCUCCGCCACCUCCGCACCAGCGCCGACCUCGAGAAAUUCGAGUCCGUCAUGAUCAAGAAGGAGGAGAAGCUUCGCGGGGACGCCGAGGAUCUACGAGAGCGCGAGCACACUCUCGCAAAGGCCAACGUCCAGCUACAGAAGAUGUUUGAGAGGCCUCGCAACCUUGAAGAUCCGGGAGUCCAGUCGUACAUCGACAGACUCACUGACAUGUUCUACGAGCUACUCCAGGUCCAAGUACGCCAGACUAACGAGAUUAAGGCGGCGCUCGAAGCCAAGAGCAAGGAGAACGAGGAGUUGCAGGCUAAGCUCGAACAUACGGGAGGGCAAUAA